AGUCAUGACAAGUACACCAUGCCAUCGUCAAAAACAAUCAUGCGGAUGUUCACUUGAUCUCAGUAUCGUGGAGCUGCAUCUACUGACGUCACUUGAAUUCUGCUUGCAUCUUCCCCAUCCUCCCUCCCCCAUCCUCACUCCUCACUCCUCAUUCUUCAACCGCAAGUUGGAGUCUCAAGUGAGCCACGGUGCUCUGGGUGAACGCGGAUAUUUCUAGAAAAGCACUCCGAAAUGCUGCGCACAAAGCGAAUCGCUGGCCGAUUCGGGCUCUUCUCACGGAAAGCAUGGCAAUAUCCACGUGCGAUGCCAUGUGCGACGAUUACAUCCGCCCUACACACAUCAAGCAUGACGGAGGACCACAUCGCCACUCUCAAAGUGAGACGAGACCGAAUGAUGCAGCAGCUACACGACACAUGCCAAUGGGGCCAAGGCGAACGAUGGGGAAGCGCUGUCAUUGACACGGGCAUGAAACGUCUCGCGCUCACAGACGCAGACAAGGCGGUCCGAGACUGGUUCGUCGAGGAAGCCAAGAGUCUUGGAUGCAAUGUGACGGUAGACGAGAUGGGUAACAUUUUCGCGGUCCGCCCCGGCACCAAUCCAGAUCUCCCACCUAUUUACGCUGGGUCUCAUUUGGAUACGCAGCCAACUGGUGGGCGCUAUGAUGGGAUUCUCGGAGUCAUGGCCGGACUUGAGGGCUUGCGGGUUCUACAGGAGAACGAUAUUCAGACCGACCAUCCCAUCGGGCUCGUCAAUUGGACUAGCGAAGAGGGGGCUCGUUUCCCGAUCACUAUGAUUUCCUCGGGUGUCUGGGCGGGCGUCGUUCCACUAGAGAAAGCCUAUGCGUCGCAAGAUGUCGGCGGCAGCGGCUCAACGGUGAGAUCCGAGCUCGAAAGGAUAGGUUAUCUGGGUCCCAGGCCUGCAACGCCUGAAGCAACGCCGAUGGCUGCUCAUUUUGAGCUGCACAUUGAGCAAGGCCCCAUCCUUGAGAACAAUCAACAGAAGAUCGGUGUCGUGAAUGGCGCUCAAGCCUACAAAUGGUUCACCGUCGUGGUCAAGGGCAGAGCCGCACACACUGGCACCACUCCAAUGGACGCAAGAGGAGAUGCCCUUCUGGUGGCAGCCCGCAUGAUAAACCACUCAAACGUUGUCGCAAACAACUCGGGGGCGCUGGCUUCUACUGGCAUCUUGACGCUUCAGCCAGGGAGUGUCAACGUCAUUCCGAGCCAUGUUCGUUUCUCUCUCGACAUACGCUCAAAGUCUGAUGCUAUCGUAACGGAGGUCGAGCAGAAACUGAAGCGUGAUUUCGCUGCUAUUGCCCAGGGGCGUGAUGUUGAGGGCUGCACGCCGCCCUCCGCAGGAACCUUGCCGAUGGAAGUCACAUGGGCCACAGACUACCAUUCUCCGGCUGUUCAUUUCGACCAAGGAUGUAUCAACGCAGUCCGGACGUCAGCAGCGGGAGUCCUAGGAAGCAGCGAAUUAUUUCGAGAUAUGACGAGCGGCGCUGGGCACGACAGCGUCAACACAAGUAAGCACGUUCCCACGGCCAUGAUCUUUGUGCCAAGCAAAGGUGGAAUCAGCCAUCACCCGGAGGAGUGGACGAGCGAUGAAGACUGCGCCUUGGGUGCUGCAGUCCUCUUGCAAGCAAUGCUGAGGUAUGAUCGCGGGCAUAAUUCAAAGUGACGGCGCCAUCAAAUACGAUACAGUAGUACCAGUUUUGGGGACAGUCCUCCACGGCCUGAGAACCACUUGACGUGAUGCAUGCAGAGAGCUCAAAUUUAUGUACCGCUUUGCGAACCACCACA